AUGAGGCUGAGCUCCACAGACUUUCCUGUUAUGAACAGGAUAGUGGUGGCCCGGGAGGAUGGGAUAUACUAUGAAGCAGAGAAGAAUAGCCUGGCAGAGACAUGGGACAGGCUCCUGGAAUACUACAACGAAAGGAUUUUGGAAGACCACAAGGAAGAGAUUGAGGAGCAGGAGCUUUAUAAGAUGCUUUGCAAGGCAAGGGUAGAGGCUGAGACUGGGAGGAGUGUGUACGAGCUGAUUGAAAAGGGAGUUCUGGAGGUGCAUAAGGUGAGGCCGAGACAUGUGGACAGAUGCGAGUUCAAGAUGCACAUUUUGGAUACCUGUGUUCGGUUGCUGGGGAAAGGGAUUUCCGAGUUGGAAGAUGCCAUCAGACAGGAAGGAAGAGUGUGGGAAAUGGUGGGGAGGAUUGGCCUGCCUGUGAAGCUGGUGGCUGGAGAAGUAAGGGCCUACGUGACAGAGACUGAGUAUCUAGUUGUAAACGGAGGAGGCGACCAUGCAUACCCAGACAAUUGGAAGGCACAUGGAUUGACAUGUACCAUAAGGUAUCUGGACGUCUAUUUGGAAGGUUCUGUUUCUCCUCAAAGCGAUGCAAGCAAGAUCGAGAUGGUCAAGGAGUAUUUUCUUGAAAAGUCGAUUGUCCAGGAGUUCACCAGAAACGGCAUUGAGAUCAGGGUGGCUGCAAUGGAGGGGCCUGGAGAUAAGAAAGACACGAUCUGCAUGUAUGUGAUUGAAGAACUAAAGGGCGGAAGGGGCAUCAGGGAGAUAUUCUGCAAAGUAAGUCUUUAUCUCUCAAGGAAACUUAUUGACAUUGUUGUGGAUGGGCACAAGGAGUGCACAGUUCUGAAACAUAAAGGGCUUAUUCUUGAGGAUGGCCUUCCCGAGAUGUUUUUUGUUCUUACAGAUACCAAGGUUAUCAAGGCCUUGAGACAACCUCCAGACAAAUUCGAGAUAUAUGUGAACGAGAUUCCUGCCAGGUCUUUUGGAAGAACCAAUUAA